AUGGUGCAGAAGGACGCUCGUGGACAAGACACGAAAAAGAAGGAAACACUCCAGGGUUCUGUUGCUGAAAUAUUUUCAACAAAAGUAAACGGAGAACUGCCAGCUCGAAUCCUCAUUUCGGCCCCCGCUGGAAGAGGAAAGACCACGGCUGUCGCUAAGAUGGCUUAUGACUGGGUUCACAGAGAAAAGGGGUCAGCAUUAGAACUACUGCCACUUCUGUUUGUUGUGAAAUUCCGAAACACAAGUCAACUUACAUCGAUCGGAGAAGCCAUCAAAUCCCAGCUUUUGAGUGAUGUUGAUGAUCUCACACCAGAGGGUCUGGAGAGUUUCAUUAGAGAGAAUCAGGGAAUCUGUCACAUCAUACUAGACGGGCUAGAUGAGUAUGCCGGUAUUUCUUCUUCAAACUGGAGCUUAGGGAGCAACAUUGUCAGUGUCAUCCGCUGGGAGGAAUUUCCAGAGUGUAGAGUUCUUGUAACAACGCGACCUCAUCUAGAGAACUUCUUCAAUCAAGCGGAACUUCCAAGGGUAUACACAAAGAUGUGGAUCGAAGGAUUCUCGCAAGAGAGCUCACGAGAGUACAUCGACAAGUUCUUUGCUUCAACUUCGAAUCCUUGUGGUGGUCAUGGACAUGGUCUGAAGGUUUACCUUGAUGACCAACCACUAAUUAAUGAACUUGUCAAAACACCUUUAUUUUGUCUCAUGGUCUGUCACUUAUGGAGCGAGGAGCGUUUGAACACUAAAACUGCAACUCAAACAGAAUUAUUAGACAGCGUGAAUGUUUUUCUGAUGCACCAUGCCAAUGCCCGAGCAAAAUCAAAAGAAAAACAAAUAACACAAGACGAAAUAACAGAAGAAGAACUAAUCGAAAUCAUUCGUAAGCUGGGUAAGGUUGCUUUAGCUGGUCUAAUCGACGACUCUAAAAAACUAAUCUUCAUGCCCCAUGAUUUCCGAAGAGUUCCCGCUAUCCUUGAUAGGGCAUGUGAGCUUGGGAUAUUAUCCAAGACGACGAUUCCAACGACAAUGCUCCAACGAUCCCACAAUACCACAUCCACGACCAUUGAGUUUUAUCAUAAGCUCGUUCAGGAACACUCGGCUGGGAAAUACCUUGCUGCUAAAACGAAGAAAUAUAUGUUACGACUGAAGAUUUCUAAGUUGGACAGACUGCUGCGAAACAUCAAAGCAAACAUCGGUGACUAUGAGAAUCUCAUCCGAUUUGCUGCUGGCACAGAUAACAGCCUUUGCAUACGAAUAAUGAAGGCGCUCCUUUCCAACCGCUUUUUGGAUGAGAGCGAGCGAUAUCGCAUUCUCCUUGACUGCUCAUCAGAGACCAAGGGUACUCAACAAAAUGUGUCUUCGUUGGUUCAAAGAUGUGUGAAUGCAGAGAGUAUUGUUCUAAAGUCACCGACUGUCUACACCGUCGUUGGGAUGCAAAAUCUUCCAAAGAAGCUUAAACGUCAGGUUAGAACAAUAAAGUUCGAGGGGUCUACUCUAACUACCGACGUGACGAGUGGACUAUGGUCCUGCCUCAAAGACUUUUUGAUGUUAGAUACUCUCGUCAUCUCAGACUCGUCUCUCAGUUUCCCUCCAUCUCCUCCGGAGCUUCUAUCCGUCACACAGCUAUCAGCUGAGAGAGUGACGUCACAAUGCUACGAAGGAGUGCUCUCAUCGAUACCCGGAGUGAGAGAUAUCGAUGUCUCUAUCGACGUUGCAGAGACGAGCAACACUUUUCAGAUCACCACCGCAUCCAGGCCUAUGAAUCAGACUAGGGCUAAGGAUGAACAGUUCUUUGUUCAUAUCAGACUACACGCCUUGACAGGACUUACCACAGACAGGAAGACUGAAUCAGGAGAGACAAUUGGAGAGCUUAGUCUUCUAUUUGAAGACCAAACCAAAAACCAACAACGGCUGCAUGUGUCCGGUGUGAGGGGCAGAGACGAAGAAGCCUUGGUGGACCUGUUUGUCAAGACUAAACAACUAACGUACUUGAAUUCGGGGAGUGGAGGUGGUACUCUACACAAAAAGAACAACGUCCAGAAUACUAGGCUUGAGAUAGAGCAAUGCCAGCUAUCUACUGAGACGACCAAAAAGUUGUUGUCCUGUCUCAGAUCCUUCACCUCAUUGAACCAUCUCACCAUCUCAGACUCCUCUCUCAGUUUCCCUCCAUCUCCUCCUGAGCUUCCAUCUGUCACAAAGCUAUCAGCUAAGAGAGUGACGUCACAAAGCUAUGAGGGUCUGCUCUCAUCGCUUCCUGGCUUGGAAGUGGUCGAUAUCACUAUCGGAGAUGCAAGUACAGAAGACAUAUCUCAGAUCCAGACUAGUCUACGUCGGUAUCUGGCAGAACAAGAUCUCACACGCAUCGACCUUUCUUCUCUCCAAUCAGAAGAGAAUGUAUCAAGCAUGUCAAGAAUGAGGAUGGAAGGACUUGGUCUUCUUAUCACAGAAUUUCAGGCGAUGUUGUCCGGAAUACUUUUCGGACCCGAGAAUGCAGUGAUCGAUCUUGUCCAGUCUUCAAUGCGUUUAAUGUCAGCAAGUCUGUUUAUAGAACAGUUUUUGGGGUCGCUAAACUCCGAUAAACAUGCAUUGAAUAUUGACAUGUUGAAUAUCAAGGACUGCCAGCUAUCUACCGAGAUGACCGAGAAGUUUUGGUCCUGCCUCAGAUCCUUCACCUCACUCAACCAUCUCACCAUCUCAGACUCCUCUCUCAGUUUCCCUUCAUCUCCUCCUGAGCUUCCAUCCGUCACAAAGCUAUCAGCUGUGCGUGUGACGUCACAAAGCUAUGAAGGUCUGCUCUCAUCGCUUCCUGGUUUGAGAGUGAUCGAUAUCACUAUCGAUGAUGCAGAGAGAGACAUACCUCAGAUCACGGCUGGUCUUCGUCGGACCGGAGGACAGCAGCUCACACGCAUCAACCCUAAAGCACCGCCAUGGCUCCCAUCAGAGAAGAAGAGUGUAUCGAGAGAGACGAUGAGAGGACUGGGUCUUCUGAUCAGAGAACAAACCAAGGACCUGCAGCGGCUUUGUCUGUCUGGGAUAAAAAGCUUGGACAAAGAAGACUUGGUUGAACUUGUCGAGUCGUCAACAUAUUUGAAAGCAUUGGAUAGACUGCAUUUACAGUAUCUUGAUGGUGGAUGUUUUAAAUACGAUGGAAAAUCGGGUGUCCAGAACGAGUGUCGACUCCUCGUAAAGAAAUGCCAGCUAUCUACUGAAAUGACUGCCAGAAUGUGGUCCUGUCUCAGAUCCUUCACCUCACUGAACCAUCUCACCAUCUCAGACUCCUCUCUCAGUUUCCCUUCAUCUCCUCCUGAGCUUCCAUCCGUCACAAAGCUAUCAGCUGAGAGUCUGACGUCACAAAGCUAUGAAGGUCUGCUCUCAUCGCUUCCUGGCUUGAGAGUGAUCGAUAUCACUAUCGAUGAUGCAGAGAGAGACAUAGCUCAGAUCACGGCUGGUCUUCGUCGGACCGGAGGACAGCAGCUCACACGCAUCGAGCUUAGAGCAGCGCACUGGCGCCCAUCAGAGAAGAAGAGUAUAUCGAGAGAGACGAUGAGAGGACUGGGUCUACUGAUCAGAGAACAAACCAAGAACCUGCAGCUGCUAAAUCUGUCCGGGAUGAAGUGCUUGGACGAAGAAGACUUGGUUGAACUUGUCGAGUCGUCAACAUAUUCGAAAGCAUUGUAUAGUCUACAUUUACAGUCUCUUGAUGGUGGAUGUUUUGAAUACGAUGGGAAAUCGGGUGUCCAGGACGAGUGUCGACUCCUCGUAAAGGAAUACCAGCUAUCUACUGUGAUGACUGCCAGAAUGUGGUCCUGUCUCAGAUCCUUCACCUCACUGAACCAUCUCACCAUCUCAGACUCCUCUCUCAGUUUCCCUUCAUCUCCUCCUGAGCUUCCAUCCGUCACAGAGCUAUCAGCUGAGAGAGUGACGUCACAAAGCUAUGAAGGUCUGCUCUCAUCGCUUCCUGGCUUGAGAGUGAUCGAUAUCACCAUCGAUGAUGCAGAGAGAGACAUAGCUCAGAUCACGGCUGGUCUUCGUCGGACCGGAGGACAGCAGCUCACACGCAUCAAGCUUACAGCACCGCCAUUACUCCCAUCAGAGAAGAAGAGUGUAUCGAGAGAGACGAUAAGAGGACUGGGUCUGCUGAUCAGAGAACAAACCAAGAACCUGCAGCAGCUAUCUCUGUUCUGGGUGAGGUGCACAGACGAGGACGACUUGGUUUACCUCCUCGAGUGCUGCAGACAUAUGAAGACGAUGUCAGAGCUGUGGUAGGUUCUUGAAUAAAAUCUUGUAUAAAAUAGAUUAAAAUCCUACUGGACGAUCCUGUUUAGUUAGUCUGCCGUGAGAAAGCAUAAUGAAACGAAUGCGUGAAAGGAUGCAAAGGUUAAAACGUGGGUAUAACCUCCAAGUUUUUGACUGAAAGUUAGGAUGGGUCUUGUUUGAUUAUCGCUCU